CAACCCACCUGGCAACGGGGCGGGCCCAACAAAUACGGCUGGCCUUCCAGAGUCUCCUCUACUGUCUAUCUCUUGAGGACAGUAUGGUACUGAGGCCCCUGGUACUUCUUGCCCUGGUCGUCUCUGACCUCUACUGCCUGCCCGCGUCCGUAAAUGUCUUUGAUAGCCAGGGACCUGGCACCGUUCUUCAGUUUUUCACUUUUAACUGCUCUUCUUACACGCCUACCCUGAAGUUGCUCCGUGUGCAACCACACACCACCUUCUUCAACCCACCCAGCUUGACCAGGUGGCAGGGGAUCUAUGUGGGCAAGGUGACCUUGAGCAGCUCGGCCAGGUUGGAUGCCCUGGCAGUGAACCAUUAUGAGCUGCAGCUGCAGUUCACAUGUGGCAACUAUGUGAUGGAGGGACCACUCUCUGUGGAUGUGCAGCGGGACGCUGGCCAUAUUCAGUGUGCUGGCCGAUUUGCCAGCCCAGCUGGGGAAAUCAUUCAGGUGCCGGAAACAGUCACACCUGGGGCCCGGCUGUACACUCUGCUGCUCCCAGGCCUGGAAAUCCAGGGAGCCCAGAUGAGCAUCACCAGUGCCCAGGAGCCUCCGUAUUUCCCUGGACCUUUCUCCAUCAAUGGGCAGGGUUGGCUGCAGGCACCACCCCAGGGCCUCAAAGGCCAGGCUGGAAAGGUCUUCCGGCUUCAGAUCCUGGUGACCUUUGGACAAAACCAAAGCUGCGGAGGGAUGCUGAUGGUGAAAGUUUUGCCUGCCCCCUCCUCCGGCCAGGUGUCCUUCCUGGAACAGGAACAGAAUAUCACCAUUCCGGAGGACGUGGUUCCUGGGACUAAGGUGGUUCAGGUCCAGGCUCGGGGCUUCGACGUGCGCUACGAAAUCCUCUCUCCCGUGCCCUGCCGGCUCUUCUCCAUCGGACGCGCGGACGGCGUUAUCCGGACCACGGCGCCCCUGGAGCUGGCGCCGGCCGCAGGCUCGGCGGUCACCGCGCUGCAGGUGAAGGCCUUCGAGCGGCUCCGGCCGUGGGCCAGCGUUGAGCUCGAUCUCACUGUGACCGUGCGACCGGUCAACCGCUGGCCCCCGCGCUGCCUCCCAGCGCUGCUGAUGGCUCAAAUCCCCGAGACCGCGCCUGUAGGUACCGUGCUGAGAACCUUUACUUGCGUUGACCCGGACUCUCCUGGCUCAACCCUUGACUACCAGCUGCGAUUCCACAGUCCUCCUGGCCCAGCCAGCCUCUGUCUCAACGACGGGGUCCUGGAGGUGAAUGCCACACUGGACUGUGACACUCGUGGGGACUGCUUUCAGCACACAGCCUCCGUCCUGGUGCUCGAUGGUGGGCAGCCCCGGAUGACCACUGAGGUGCCAGUACUGGUGAUGGUGACACCUGUCAACGAGUUCUCCCCAGCCUGUGUCCCACGCACAUUCCGGGUUCGGGAAGAUGCGGGGCCCUGCACCCUGCUGGGCUCUGUGGUGGGCACAGACAUGGAUUACCCACACGACUGUAUUGAGUACUACACCUCUGGAGGCGCUGGCACCUUUGCUGUGGACCGUCUCAGCGGUGAGGUUCACCUCCUGGGGCCUUUGGACUACGAGCAGCAGAGGUUGUACAGGCUCACUGUCCUGGUGACUGACCACAGCCAAGACCAGGACCCCACCCGCCACCUCUCAGGCUCCUGCACCAUUACCAUUGAGGUUGAGGAUGUGAAUGACCAUCCCCCCGAGUGUGAGCCCCCAUUUCAAGAACUCACAGUCCACACUUCCCUGGGCCAUAGCAUGGAAGUGACCAAGGUGUCAUGUCGGGUCCCUCAGGAGCCACAGCGCGUGGCCUUCUCCUACGGCAUCAUAGGAGGGAAUAGUCAGAGCCGAUUCAGCCUGCAAGGAGCUGCGCUGGUACACAACGACCUCAUGUUGGGGCCCCCCUGGCCAGAGCAACCUCAUACUUACGAGCUAUUGAUCCGUGUGGCUGAUGCAGGUCCCUCCACCCCCCACCUCAGCACCACAGCUACCGUCAUCGUACAUCUAGUUCCCUGGAGGGCCAGCACAGUGGCCACUGGCACCCACAGAACCACAGUGCCUUCAGUGAUGACACCUCUGCUUGUGACAGACACGGAGGCUUUCUGGCAGCCUGAGCCCUGGUUUGUGGUGGUGCUGACAGUGACCAGUGCCCUUCUCCUCUUGGCUCUGGGCUGGCUCCUCAGCAGGCUGCUCCGGAGGUUGGCCCAGGUGCUACCAGCACCAAGCAAACCAGCCCAGGCUCUGCUGCUAAACAGUAUUCAAGGAACUGAGGGGUCCAUUGAAGGGUUCAUGGAGGCACCGAGGACAGAGACACCCCAAGCACGCAGCAGCGUCAUGAACCUGCAUUUUGAUGGCAGUGCACAGGACUCCCGUACAGGCAGAGAAUACCUGUUCAACACACGCACGGGAGCCCGGCGCUGGCUCUGAGGCCAAGGAGCUGCUUCACUAUGUGGCAAUUUCUCCUUCACAUGAUCGUGGGCUAUAUUUUCAAGUUGAUUCAAUAAUAAACAAA